GAUGCGUGUGUCUCCUUGCCCUGUAUUUUCUGUCAUUUGCCCCCCUCCUUAUUUUCCUUUUGAAAUUUGGCCGCUACGGUGUCGUUUGGUCAUUUCUUGAUGUGACGGGCGUUACUACUCUGCACUGAGAUGGUGGUCACAGAUUCAUUAUACAGUCUCUAUCUCCGUGCCCAGGAGAAGUACAAUGAGGGCUGUAAUGAUUUCGAAGAGCACUUUACAUGGCUUGAGGAGGUUGUGUCAGCAGCUUGUGAAACAUUUGCCACAAGUGAUCCCUCUCUCUUGCCAAAAACACCGGGGGUAAGAAAGACCAAGAAAAGGGCACCUCAGCCAACGUUAACAGAUAUUUCAGAAUCUCCGCCAUCAAAAAGGGUAUCUACUGAAGAUGCCAAUAGUAAGGAUAAUGCCACAACUCCAGCAGAAGCUCCUGCUAGAAGGGGAAGGGCAGCUGCAAGGGUGGCACAGUCAAAGACCAGGCAAUUUGUACAGCAGUCGAUCAAGUUGAAACUAAGACGUCCCUCGACACCAGAGGACCUCAGAAAGAAUAAGGCCACACCCUCUUCAAAUGAGCGUGCAAAUUCAGCUGAAAAGAAGUGGAGCUCUCGGACACAUGAAACACCAGAGGUCCCAUCUAUCCCAGUCAGGGCUGAACAGAAGAGCCAGGCCAAGGUGGAAGUUACACCUGUUACUGAAUCCAAAGCAGAUAUUGCCAAAAGUGAGACACCACCAUCUGAUAGCCCGAAAGAGACCCAUAAGCAUAGUAGCUCCAAGAAAAGUGGUUCUGAUGUUAGAUUAAAAUGGGAAGAAGGAGGCAAAGCUGAAGUGAACUUACAGUUGAAUUUAUCAGGAAGUGAAAGUGAAACAGAGAAGGAUUUGAAUGCACCAGAGUGCACACAGUAUGACCUCAGGCUUGAGGAUAGCGAGGAAAACAAAAGCGAGGAGGAUAAUAGACUAGACGACAAAAAUGGUGAUAAGCAUGAGGAUGUAUUUGAGAGCAUGGAAGUUGACAUUACAGAUGAUAAACCAUCUGUUCAGGAUGUCCCUGAUUGCAUGGUAUCCAGUGUUGUAACCACAAAAAGCAAAAAUACAGCUGAAGAAGAUUCAGCUACCACGUCCAAGGGUCAUGCAGAGCCAGCUCCUGCUCCCAAGGCUCGUUCAACUCGCACAAAGCAGAAGGCAUUGCAAUUGCCAUCAACAUCUGAAGAAAGUGAAGGAAGCCUUACAACAUCCAAUUCAAAUGUUCCCCAAUACCCUGUACCAAAACCUCGUUCCACCCGAACCAAACAGAAGAAGGAGGUCCCGGUAGGUAGCAGUUCAGAUGAAGCCAAUGUCCAGAUGCUGCCACCAAAGGAGAUGCCGAAGCAGAGAACAACACGCACCAAAACUAGAGCCAGGGAGCCCAUGGCAUCAGAGAGCGACAAGGAAACUUUAGAAAACCAUUCAUCUACCGAGGAGGAGGUGCCUGUUCCCAGUCCAGUCAGCAAGAAUAAGGGAGAAUUGGCUAAACACAUCAUUCAGACUAAGCCAAAACAGACCGAAGAUGAGAGGGAGGAGAAAGAAUUAGCAGACUCUCCAAAGCCGAGGUCUACCAGAACAAAGAAGCGCCAGGCGAAUGAGUCCCCACUUAAACAACAGAGCAGAACUACAAGGACAAAGCGCAGGAAGGUUGAGGAGGGUGAGAAUGAAGUCCCAGCACCUGAGAAUAAAAGUUUGGUACUCACACUGUCAGACUCUGAAGAAGAAGAGGUUCAGAAUGCUACUUUUGUUAAGGGAGACCAGGCUCCAAAGGCCUCAAAACGUGAUCACUCAGUGGAGUCCGUUUCUUCAGAGGCUUCAGUGAAAUCUUCUGGCUCAACUGCUUCCUUCGCUUCAGCAAAGUCAACUAGCUCUGUUGUAAAUGAGAAGCCAAAUGCUCGUGCUCUUGGAGGGCAAGGCCAGAGGGUGACUCGCUCCAAGGUGAGGCAGCUGCCCAACAUGUGUGCAAGCCCCAAGAAUGCCACUGUCAAGAAAGGAGUGUCUCCUGCCAAGAGCAAUCCUACUGGAACUCCAGGGAAGGCAAAUUUCACCAGAGGGUGCUGCACUCCAAAGUCUGAAAGUGGAACACCAAAGGGUAUGCGACUACAGCAGGUUGAGCCUCAUGCCAGAAGUCCUGUGAAAUACUCGCCUCGACCUUUUGCCAGCAAAAAAACAGCAGCUUCUGUGCGAGACAUGGCAACUGCUUACCAGAAUUAUGUUGGGGAAACCCUUAAUGAAACAGAGGAGGUCGUAGCCACACCAGUGCGAGUGACUCGUCAUUCUCAUGGAAAUGGCAGGCGAGAGAGUGCUACCAAAAGUGCUGCUCGUAAGAGCCUCAAGCGUGCCAAAGAAAUAGUGAGGGCGGCUGAUCUAAGAAAGAAAAAAAUCCAAGAGGAUGAUGAGACGCCAGACUCCAGAGGGCCAAGAAUAAACCCCGCCCGGACGCCCUCACCACACUGCCCUCCUGAGAAGGUUAUCCGACCCAAAACAGGAAGUGUAUACAGUGGCAACUCGAAUUAUGGAAGCUCGGGCAGAGUAACCCCCAAAACAUUCUCUAGAAUUAGGCCUGUGCUAGCUUCAUCAAAUGAAUAUGCAAAGGUUCAGAAGAAGGUGUGGACCCCGACCGAGGGCAACCGCACGAGGGCCAUCAUGACCUCAGGCACGCCAAAUGAGGCCAAGCGCAUCAAGAACAUCGCCAGCGUGUCAACCUUCAUCAAGGUGGCGCCCUCCAAGCCAUCACGCGAGGAGAUGGAAGAGAAGAAGCAGAUGGAACUUUUGAGGAAGAGAGAGAGGGAGGAGGAAUCCAGGAGAAAGAAGGAGGAGCUCUUGAAAUCCAAGGCCGAGGACCAGAAGAGACGUAAUGAAGAGAGAAUGCGCCGUGUACAGGAAGCAAGAGAGGAGAAGGAGAGAAAGGCCGUUGAAGCCAAGGAGCAGCAAGAACGUGACAGGAAGCUGCGAGAAGAGAGGUUGAAGGAGGAGCAGCAGCGCAAGAAGCAGCAGCUCCUGGCCAAGAGACGUGCUGAAGAGGAGGCCAGGAACCGCAAAAUAAGAGAGCAGCAGGAGGAGGAGGAGAGAAGGCGUCAGCAAGAGGAAGAGAGGAGAAUAGAAGAAGAGAGGAAAUUGGAGGAGACAAGGAAAGCUGAAGAAGAGAGACGUGUUUAUCUUGCUGAGCAGAAGCGUUUACAAGAAGAAGAGAAGAAGAGACGAAUUGCUGAAGCAGAACGUAUUCUUAGGGAACGCAAGGAGAUGGAGAAUCUCAGGUUGCGUGAAGCAGAGAGAAUUGCUCAAUUGAAAAUGGCUGCUGCUGUUAAAAAGGCUGGACUGAAUGACACUUACAAUGCCAAUGACAACAAAGAAAACAGCAGCAACCUCAACAGCACUUUUACGAAGACUAGUGGCCAAACCCAGGCAAGCAGUCAAGGGAAUUCUGGGCGUUCAAAUAGCUAUGACAUGACUCCUGAGAGGCAGAAACCAAAGAAGCUUGCUAAUGCCAACAACUAUGACAUUGGUGACAUUAAGAGUGAUGACUCCACGGAUGAUGAGUCGGCUCCUAAGAAGAGGAUUCCACCAUGGGCGCAAGGAUCUCAGCUGAAGCUGUCUCUCAUCAACCAGGAGUACAACCCACCAGCAAUGGAUGGCAUAUUCCCCCCAGAGGAGCUUCUCACCAUGCCUGAUCUCAGCCAAAUCUUUUCCAUCCAGCGCAGGAGAUUCUUCAAGCGCACAUCCUCAGCCAUUUGGAAUACCCCACCGUCAAAGCUGUUUGAAUCAUAUUGAUUUAUUUAAAUAUUUUUAUUGAUUAGAUGUAGGGUUUUCAUCAUAGUGUCUACUUUCCAUUUUCUCUGUCUGUGAAUGUUUGAUGUGAAUGCGAAUGAAGGCUUAGAUAUCCUGAUUUUAUUUUUAUUUACAUCUGAUUAAAUGGUGUAUAGCAUGUAUGAAUAUUAUUAUUGACAAGUGUUUAUAUGUAUUUUCUUUAGAGGAAAUAGCUGGAGUCACACUCUUUUUACUCAUUUUAGGAUAUUUGAAAUUCAUAUUACCAAUUGCCAGUCGGUAAUUAAUUCAUAUUAAAGACUUUGUUUUUUUUUUUUCUUCCAAAUAACUUGUGUGUCCUCUCUUCUCCUGACUUUCACAGGUUUCAUACUUUUAAGCAAAGGGAAAUGUUUGCCCAUUGUUGUGUUAUGUAAAGGAGAAAAGAGGGAAAGACAACAUCACUUCAAGACCUGUCAUUACCUGUAAAUAUGUAUUUCCUAUAGGGACUUGAUCACAGUACGACUGUCAUCUUGAGUUUGUGCUCUGACCAUGAUCUGAAUGAGAAUAAGAAACUUUAAAAAAGAGGGAUGAAUGAAAUAAUAUUGUUGAUCUUCUCUGUGCUGUAUUGAAAUAAGUUGCAUACUCCUGUCUUUCUCUUUCUCCCCCUUUCUGUCUGUAUUGGAAUAAGUUACAUACUCUUAUCUUUCUUGUCCUUCUUUCUUUCCCUUUCCCUCUUUAUCUCCCUCUCCUUUUCCCUUUUCAUCAUCUUCCUCUUAGUAUUUAUCAUGGCAAAAAUCAUCAUCAUCACCUUUUCAUCAUUUAGAGACAUGACCAUUACAUGUCUGUUUUUUUCACUUAAUGGUAGUUUUACAAGAAAUAGGUGUUCUAUUUAGAGCUUUACCAUUAUCAUUAUUUUUACUUUGAUUUAUUAAAGUGAAUUUUGAAGUUAUCCAGUCUCAGCAAAAGGAAUUUUUGUAUUCUAAUAAAUAGUAUCACCUUCACAUGAAAGUGUGUAGUUGCCUGUGUAAAUAAAAGAUAAAUAGGUGUU